ACACCUGUCAUACGUCACUGUGAACGAGGUUCAGUAUAGUCUGCAAAUUUUCAGCAAGGUGUUGAUUUCUACGUAUUUUUUCUGUUUAUCUCCGAUUACGAAACUGUAAAGUUUGUAAUAUCGAACGUCAUUACAUACCGAGUGUUUUGUUUCGAAACGCGCGAAUCUUUUGAAAAUUGUAUACGUAGGCAACAGGUGUCUAACAUCGCACAUGUCUCUUUGAUUCUGCCGAUUAUCUCGAAAUUAAACGAUUACAAGAAUAAUCGUGUUAAAAUCUUUUAUUUUUCGGAGUUUGAGUCAUGGUAAAAACGGUCAAUAGAAUUUUAUAUCGAAGUGUCCGUUUUAACAAAGUUCCGUGAUAGAAGUGCGAUAACCGUGUAUUCUUAAUCGUCAGUACGUAAAGAUGGAAUACGAUUAUCUUAUUAAAUUCUUAGCUCUCGGAAAUUCUGGAGUCGGUAAAACUAGUUUCCUAUAUCAAUAUACCGAUGGCACGUUCGAAUCUCGUUUUAUAUCCACAGUUGGCAUUGACUUUAAGGAAAAACGUGUGAUAUACCAGACAGCAAAUGGUAGAACUCAACGUGUGCAUUUGCAGCUGUGGGACACAGCUGGUCAAGAGCGGUUCAGAAGUCUAACUACAGCCUUCUACCGGGAUUCCAUGGGUUUUCUUCUAAUUUUUGAUCUGACCAAUGAGCUGUCCUUUCUUGAAGUAAGAAAUUGGCUGGAGCAGCUUAGGACUCACGCAUAUUGCGAAGAUCCAGACAUAAUUCUCUGUGGAAACAAAUCCGAUCUCGAAGACAAACGGGUUGUUAGUGAACAUAAGGCACGGGAAUUAGCGGAGAAGCAUGGCUUGGUCUACUUGGAAACGAGUGCAGCUACGGGCCAGAACGUGGCACGUGCCGUGGAGAUACUUUUGGACCGGGUGAUGCGCAGGAUGGAAACUACCGUGGAUAAAUCACUGCUACCUCACCAAAGAGUGUUACGAUGCCACGAGCGCGACACACCGCCUCCAAGUACUUCCUGCUACUGCUGACACUGUUCUUACGCGUAGCGUAGCUGAAUAAACUUGCCUCGUCGAGCUUGCACUUUAUUCAGCUAACAACGUUGCACGACUGACUUGUACUCGAAUCUUCAGUCGUUUAAAUAUUCCAAGGUAUCCUACUUACGACUGUGCACGGUAGAAUAUCAAGGAUGUACCAAUUCCGGAGCACUAACAUAAAUUCAAAAGUUUGUGCACCUCCAUUAGAAAAAUUUCUGAUCGAAAUGGUCGAUAGUUUACUUAUACAUUUGCGAAAAGGGAACUAUCUUGUAUGUUACACACUUGUGCAUCGUUGUAUUCUGAGAAAAGGAUUCGCGUUGUUUCCUGGUAUUCACGCGCACACUAUCGUCUUCCAUUAACUGCUUCCCCUGGUACAAAAUUCUGUCUGAUAAAAACCGACGUGUAUCUUCGACGUGUCGUACCUUUUCACUUCUUCGCGAUAACGUGAUCUACCUGUUAUUGUUGUACGCACAACGUGUUCAAUAUUGUCAUAUUUGCUCUGUCUAUUCAUUCGCCAAAAAUUGUGAUACGAUAGCGUUCCGAUUACUUAGGGUGAAACGAUCAAUUUUCGACAUGUAUAUGUAUUUUUGAUGCUAUUAUUGUACCCAUACCAAAGAUUCAUACGUCUAGUCGUUAAGUAAUGUGCUGAGAAUACAAUCAAAUGUUUGACGCACCGUUUAUACUGUGGUUAAUCGAACGUUGAUGUGUCCCUGUUCUUAUCAAGUUUUCAAGCAAAAUGUAAUUAUAUCUUGCGGAGAUUAUAUAUAUGUUAAUCCUUCUAGUUAUUAAGAAGGGGUAUCAUCGAAUGUUUAUGUGUGCAGUUACGGCUGGUCGAGAAAUGUUCGAAAUAUAUAGAGAUAUAUAUCUGUUGAAUACAGGGUGGGAUGAUAACUUUCUAGUUAUUCGAUAUUAUAUUAUAGAUCGUUGUAAAAUGGAUGGCGCAAAAUUGCAGUAUUAUGGGAGAAUGAAUCUUGAAACUUGGCGCGUCUUUGCGAAAAGACAUUUUCAUAAUAUUUCUCUCGACGUAAAAAUUUUGCCAGGCUGUUUGAAACGAUAGAGAUAUUCUGAGUUAUUGCCCUAUCCUGUGUAUUGUGUCAUACGUCGACGUAAUAAAAGCAGAUUGCACGAGUUAUAUCUCUUCUGACGAAAUUUUAUCGCUCAUUUUCAGUUUGCUACGAUCUCGAAAGCAACGAAAAAUGAAAAUGCACGAUGGAUAUAAUGAUGAAUUAGGCUAGUGGAUUUUUUAUCUAACUUUUUCUCGCGUACAAAUGGAAUCUCAAAAUUCGAUCGGUAUUUUAACGUUUGUAUUAUCAUUAAACUACGAGUGUAUUUUCGAAUUUGUUCGAUAUCGCGUGGGUCUCGAUGUGUUCAAUUACGACCAGAUCUUAGCAAACUAUGUCGCAAUCGUAUAGUGAAAAUGUAACUUUGCGUGACGGUGUUCGUGUCAAUGUGUGACUGUGUUUUUCGAGACUUUUCACUGUAAGCUGUUCAGACUAUCUCGUCUAUCGAACAUUUCAACGGACAGAGACACGUAGAACGUGCUCUAUCAUGUAUACGUACUUAUCCAACUACUUCAUGAAAAUUCUGUUUGAAGGAAAUGGAUCCGAACAGAAAUUUCCAAGAAGAACAUCUCGCCGAGCAAAUAAAAGCUCUAUAGUUUCGCUUAAACGAACUUCUAUCCGUUUAUCCUCGAAUCCUCAACUGGUAAGGCCAUAAAGUAGCGUACCUAUAUUGGCUAAGCAUGUACAAUAUAAGCAACGAAAUAAAAGCAACACUGCUUCACCAAAAACUCGACAACAAUUUAAAGUCAGCGAACACGAAGUUCCAAGUAGAUUUCCAAUACAAUCAAUCAAACAUGAUGCCCUGGGAGUGUAAUAUAGGUCGUUCGAACUUUAUCUUUGCCAGUUGAAGGUUGAGAAAGCGUCCAACUUCUUUGCUGCGAAGCUAGAAAUAUAUAAUAGAGAGAAAAGAAAGAAGAAUGAUUUUACCUCUAUAGGAGAAUGUAACUGGCAGGUGUCCUUCGUGUAGUUUUGCGUACUCUGUUGGGGCUUGAAAUCGAAUACAAGCGGAUCGAGUGAUGGAGAAAGGUUGGCUAGAAAACAUCUCGAAUAUCAGCCGGUGAAACUUCGUUUCAUCAAUAAUGUGGAGAAAACGCGCAACUAGGGAAGGUUCGUUGGGAAAGUUCUGCGCGAGAACUUUCUUUAUGGAAGUUCGAUCGAAGUUUCUGUCUGCUAGGUUAUUAGCCGGCUAUUUAUACACAACGCGGUUAUUGUUUACGGCUACGCGCGCUUUUUAAGCUCGCGGAAUCGGGCAAGAUGCAUUUUUACGAGCGGAAGUUGGAGCGCCGCCACGCUUUUACGAGGAUCGCCUCGAUCAUUUCGCGAUCGGACGAACUUUUGACUCGUCAUCGAGGGAGAUGCUUUCAAUGAGAUACUGUACGUUUCUGUGCACUUAUUCCAGGCAAACUUAUCGAAUCAAUAAAAAACAGAAGUUGUGAAAACGAA